GCUUCAAACAAGACAUUAUGUCUUGCAUUUCUUAGGGGACGUGAAUAAGUGUAACAUAAUAACUAUGAGUUCUGGUGAUAGGUGACUUUCUAAACUUGAGAGAAGUCUAACCAUCUAAAACAGGAUGCCUCGGCUUAUUGCCGCAAAUGGCACCAAGUGCCUAUUUCGUGGUUUGGGGUCUUCAAAGUCAUGGAGAUUCACAACACAAUUUCACAAUGUCUCUAGGGGUAUCAUUAUGUCACAUAAUCCUCAAAGGCUACCCUCGACCUCAACAGCUCUCAGCUUCCCCAAACCAAGGCACAUAAUCUCAGUGACAUCACAGUCACUAUCACAACCAACAAGUCGACAAGCUCACACCAUUGACUCACCAACCUCCUCCCCCAUGACAGAGCCUUACUCACCCCCCACAUCCGGCAUUCUCUCCCUUCUCCCCAAGUCCUGGGUUCCGUACGGGGAACUAAUCCGAAUCGACAAGCCAACCGGAACUUACUACCUCUUCUUCCCAUGCCUCUUCUCCACACUAAUGGCCGCACCCCUCGCCAUCCCCGCCGCAACCCCCCUCUCCGUGCUCGGCACCACAGCCCUCUUCUUCAGCGGCGCGUUGAUCAUGCGCGGGGCCGGGUGUUCCAUCAAUGAUCUCUGGGACCGCAAGCUAGACAAGCACGUGCGACGAACGCAACACCGCCCGCUCGCACGAGGUGCCAUAAAACCCUUCUCAGCGCUCACAUACACCGGCGUACAACUCCUCGCUGGUCUCGGCAUCUUACUCCAAUUCCCGACUCCAUGUCUCUUCUACGGGAUCCCAAGCCUGCUCUUCGUAGCCUCGUACCCUCUCGCCAAGCGCGUGACGUACUACCCGCAAUUCGUACUCGGGCUAACGUUUUCCUGGGGCGCUGUGAUGGGAUUCCCGGCGUUAGGAGUCGAUUUGCUGGCGAAUAGCUCGGCGAUGACUGCGGCUGCACUGCUGUACGCGAGUAACGUGUCUUGGACUGUGCUGUAUGAUAUGAUAUACGCGCACAUGGAUAUCAAGGAUGAUGCUAAGGCGGGGAUCAAGAGUAUUGCGCUUAAACACGACGCUGAAACCAAGAAGGUUCUGACGGGGCUAGCUGUGGUUCAGAUCGGUCUGCUUGGAGCGGCCGGCAUGGCGGCAGGCGCGGGACCGGCUUUCUUCGUGGGUAGCUGCGGAGGCGCUGCGUUGACUUUAGGGUGGAUGAUAACGAGGGUGAAUCUGAAGAGUGUCAAGGAUUGUUGGUGGUGGUUCGUUAAUGGAUGCUGGAUUACUGGCGGUGCGAUCAGCCUUGGGCUUGGGGUCGAUUACCUGCUAAGAUAUGCUGAAGAGGAUAAGACACGGGAGAAAAUAGAGGGCUAGAAGUGUACUGAUAAAUCUGUACAUAUACACUAGACUCUGGCAUAUGCAUUCGGAUCAUACUAGGUAGGUAGGUAGAUAAAACUGGUUGGGAAAACCGUGGGCUACAACUCUGUACAACAGAAUUACUCGU